AUGGGGCACAAUCCAGCGCUCACCCGCCAAACGGCAAACAUGCGCUGGUGCCUUCAAAACACUUUUCGCAAGAAUGAUUUCCGUCCUUUACAACGAGAUGUGAUUGUGGCCGUUAUUGAAGGCCACGAUGUCUUUCUGCAAGCAUCGACUUCCUUCGGGAAAAGUUUAUGCUACCAGCUUCCCGCAGUGUUAAAAGAUUGGGGCUUAACAAUUGUUGUGAGCCCGCUUCUGGCAUUGAUGGUUGAUCAAGUUAACGCCUUGAAAGCUCUCGGCAUAUCUGUGGAAACAAUAAACUCAAACACCCCACAGCCAGAGAAAAAGCGAGUACUACAAGACAUGCUCUGCGGCCACCCCGGGACACGGCUUUUAUACGUCACGCCAGAAUUGUGCGCAACAGAGCAUUUCCGCCGCCAACUACUAGUCGUCCACAAACAAGGACAGCUAAUCCGAAUUGCAAUUGACGAAGCACAUUGCAUCAGUCAAUGGGGGCACGACUUCCGCCCUGCAUACAAAGAGCUGAGCUGGCUCAGAAAGAACCUCAUCAAUCCACCCGUACCUAUAACCGCCGUGACUGCAACCGCCACACCCCGAGUUCGCUCAGAUAUCAUCGACAUCCUAGGACUAGACGUAACCCGCCUCAAACUCUUCAACACGCCAUCGGCUCGACCAAAUAUCCAUUACGAGGUCCGAUACCUCGAAGACUUCGCCGAUGACUACAGUGGCGCCGAAGACAGCCAGCUUUCAAACAUCUUAAAAUGGCUCAGAGCCAUCCGCACGCGGCGAGAAGCCCGGCUCGGUGCCGAGGAAGUAGCACAGCUCCCACCGCUUUCAGGUAUUGUGUACGUGGGAACGCGCGCCUUGGCCGAACAUUUGGCAGCUCGACUAUCCUCGGAUGAGACGAUCUCCGCAGUUCCAUACCACGCCGGUCUCGAAGCAGAGAACCGGUCCCGGAUACAAGAAAGGUGGAAAGCGCCACAUCCUGUCCAGCCAUCGGCAGAGGGUAAAAAGCCACCUACCUUCUCUAUCAUUGUGGCAACGAAUGCCUUCGGCAUGGGAAUCGACAACCCGAACGUCCGCUUCGUCGUCCACUGGACACCACCGUCAAGUUUCGAGAGCUUUGUCCAGGAAUCAGGCCGUGCAGGUCGGGACGGCUGUGCUGCUGCGUCUAUUGUUUACUAUGGUCUCCCUGAGCGGGACCGUGUGCAGAAAUUCAUAUACCGUGACACUGAGCAUCACCGUAGGAAUGGCCUUGAAAACAGAGAGGCGAAGCUUGAAAGUUUUGGGAAGGUGAUUCGAUACUGUGAGAGUAUAACUCGGUGUCGACAUGAGCUUAUUAAAGAGUUCUUUGGUGAUUUCGAGCUGGAAGAACUGGGCUCGCAGUUGCCGCCUUCCACGCCUGCGCCUGCUGGCUCGACUUCGCCUUGUGAUUUUGCUUGUGAUUUCUGUAAGGAGGGUCGGGGCGGAUUGUCCAAACGACGGUCAAAGAUGGCAUCUGAGACGGAAAUGUCUCUCCUAUACGCCGAUUUCGGAUGA